CGCGGGCUCGUCUGCAGGAGGGCUUUCCCGACCCACUGCCGCCUCGCUGGGAACGUCCUGCGCUGAGCUCACAAUGAGCUCGUUUCCCACCGCUGCUGCCCGGCACCGCUGGUGAGGAGCGAGACGGGAAGCGCGAUACACAACAACACUGCUCACUGGUCGUCACGGACUCCGUUUUUGUUAGCAGUGAUUAGACACGAAAUAACUUUUGAAUCAUCAAGUGGAGAGCUAAGGCUGAGAACACGAUGCCUGUUGUGAAAUACCCCAGGGCUGCAGAGCCUCUCUGGCAUGAAUGGGACAGGAAAGCACAGAAAGAUGGAUUAAGACAUACAGUCUAUGCUGUAAAUGGGGAUCAGUAUACUGGAGAAUGGUUGGACAACUUAAAACAUGGUAAAGGCACCCAGAUCUGGAAGCACAACGGCGCUGUUUACAGCGGCGACUGGAAGUUUGGGAAGCGGGACGGGUACGGCUCGUACAGCAUCCCUGAGCCCGUGACCAAGGAGUACCUGAAGGUGUACACAGGCUGGUGGAGGAACGACAAAAAAUGCGGCUACGGGACGAUGCUCUACCCCAGCGGGGAGCGCUACGAGGGCGAGUGGAGCAGCGGGCAGAGGAGCGGCUGGGGUCGGAUGUGCUACGGAGACGGCUCCACCUACGAGGGGCAGUGGCUGGGAGACCGGCCGGGCGGGCAGGGGAUGCUGUGCCUGCCAAACAAUGACAGGUACGAAGGAGGUUGGAAAGAUGGAAAGAAGCACGGCCCAGGCAGAUUCUUCUUCUUGGAUAAGGGACAACUGCUUGAAGGCAUCUGGGUGACAGAUGUACCAAAAUGCGGGAUUAUGAUCGACUUCAACAGAGAUGCAGCUCCUGCCCCCACCCAGUAUCCAAUCCCAAAGAUUGAACUAGCUGAUCCUGAUGGUGUUUUAGCAGAGGCCCGAGUGCUUUUUGAUGACAGCCAGAACGACUAACCAGAUGCUGAAGGACAAAAGACGCAGGAUUAGAACAUGAUCUCGGGUUACUUACGUGCCUCAUGCCCAUGCUGCUGUACGUCGUCUUGUGGUCAGCCUCACCCGUCCCCCAGAACUGCCCCUGUGUGCCUCACUGUGCAGGCAGCUGUGCUUCAGGCCUCCUCCCACCCACCGUUAUUUAAACACGAGCAGCAAUCAAAUAACAACCACUCACAGCAGCAAAAUGCGCUGGGGGAUGCAGCGACUCUUUGCCCAGCUCCUGGCUCAUUCCUCCUGCUGCUCACAAGGUCAGUGGCUGCCUGCUGAGGAACACACCGGGCAGCAGGCAAUUGGUUCACCUGAUUUAAACUACGCUCCCGAUAUCACAUCCUGUUUACAGCUGCGAGGUCCCUUUUCACUUUCUGUCAGCUGGAAGAUAACCUACUUUUCUAUUUAAACACUUGGAAAAGAGCAGAGCACUUAGUGUCAAGAUUUAAACAGUGCUGAUGGCAGGAAAAGCAUUCUGCCAACAUUAGGCUCUUUAUACCUGUGUGAACAGGAAACACCAUCUUUGUAUGACUGCAGUGAGAAGCUGCAUACAUUUCAGAGACCCUCAGCAAUACAGUGAGGAUUAGCAACAACACAGGCAGGCAGAGGCAAUGGAUGUAGAGAAAAUAAGUAUUUUUAGGCAUCUAGGUAACAAUCAGCAACAAUUGAGUAUAUUUUAUUUCAUUAUCUGAAGUUAUUUUAUAUCUAAAUAAUUGAUAUACAAUAACUGACAUUUAAAAUGCUUGAGGUAAACAUGAAAUACCAUUAGUAUAAAUAAAGAACAAAAAACAAGCUGAAGUGCACUCAACAUCUGGAGCCAUACGAUCAGGCCUGGUUACUGCCUCAGGCACACAGUUAUGAGACGUGGCCAAGGCACAACUUUUGUGACCAUUUCCACAGCUGGAAAACGAGAGAAACACUUGAUAUCAGAGAUUAAAGUGCAGAAAAUAGUCAGUGAAAUGGCUGGGGCUGACAGCUCCAAUAGGUGAGGACCUACUGGCUUGAGAAAGUUAAAAAAUAAGCUCGUAAUUUUAUAUUUCCUAAACAAAACACUUUCAUUUUGUAAAAGACCCACAAGAUAAAAAGUCCAGAACCCUACCAAGAACAGCGAAUAACUUUACAAAAUAAGCUUGGAUAAUAUAUUUUCUGGACUUAUAUUCAAAAUAAUGUUAGGACUUUUAAAUACAUCAUUUACAGACAGAUGCAUAAUUUUUCAGCCCUAUAGCACCCUUCUGACCAUUUGUUCCAGAACGAUCGAGUCAAAUCUGCUUCCUUUACUGCUGUUUUGAGAAUCUCCCCUCCCAGGACGCGACUGGUAUUCCACCGAGAGAUGGGAAAACAAACUCUGUGUCUGCCUCAGUUACUGUGGUUUGGAAUGCUGUUUUCUUACUGCCUUCACUAUCAGAAUCUUUACAGUGCUCCAUGAACAAACGUGUGAGGAAUCGUAGCCACAGUUCUCACCAUCGAUAGAUUUACACCAGUAUGAGAACACCUGAAACACAACGGAAUGGCAGAGCGGGAGAAAAUCCUGCCAGGCCUCUGUACAGCAGGAGGCCCUGGGAAACUGGUGUGUGGAAAAGAGUUUUCUGCCAAUAGGCAGAGGAUACCCCAGGAAACCUGCUGAAAAAACACCAGGUCCUCUUCUAAUGGCUGUUUUUCAGAACAGAUGCACCACUGUCAACACCUUCCACAUCCCAUAGACUGAAAAUACAUUGGGAUAACCUGAGAUGGAGGCUGGGUGUAAGAGACCACAUUCAGCCCAGGCUCACUCAGGUACAGUUCCCUGUACUGUCACAUUCACCAGUCUGAUUGAAAAACAAACAAACAAAAACAACAAAACCACCAGUUUAUAUUCCACAGUGUUAGCUACUGCAGGAGGUAAAGGUAUGCUCCAUUCGAUUUGAAACCCGUCUCAGUUUGUCUUCAAAAAUGGCUUUGACCCAUUACAAACCAAAGCUUUUCUACACAAGAAUUGCAUUCCAAAGAAAAUCCACUUACAGACAUAGCUGGAAUUACUGCAGCAGCCCAGGACUACUGCUGCAUCCUUCUUGGCCAAACCUCUCACGUGAGAGGCCCAAGGGAAGUUUUAGGUUAAGGAAGAAAUUAAAAAUAAAAAAAAAAAUGACACCAGAGCCUCACUAGCAUAGAUUCAUGUCUGAAAGUAAGCAGCAAUAUUAGUUACAAAUAAUCUACUUUCAUAAAUAUAUCUAUGGAGAUUAAAAAUAGCUUCCAGAGGAUCUGGAAGGCAAAAAACAUCUUAAGAAGUUACUAAGGGCAGCACUUCAGCAAGCAGAAGACUUUUUCUAAACAAGGAAGACCAAGGCUUAGCAAUAGCUAAUUACUUGGGAAUCCAAUGCAGAGAAAGCACCUUUUGCAGCUUGUAUCUGAGGAUUUAUUAAAAAUAUAUUUUUAAUAUAAAAGUAUAAAAUAAUUGCUACUUUGACUUGGAAAAAACAGCAGUGGUUCUGAUCUUCAAGCAAAAAAAUAUCCAGUGAUAAUUUCCAUUUAGUUCCUUCUUUUUAAAAAAAGAUUCCUAAAUGGAAAACAGGCAGUUCUAUCUCUCCAGAUAAUACAUGCCAGCUUCUGAGAACUUGAAAACAGUUAUUGCUUUUAUUUUCUUCCAAAGAAGAGCAUAGCAGUCUCAUUCCUUCUCCUGUGGCCAUACCACAUGGCAGCAGAACGAGUCACGGGUGUUCAGUGAGUUACACAGCAUGCAGCUGCCAUGGAAAGGUGCUGGAGAAGUCACUGAUGUAAGAAUUACUUGGCAGCAAAACACACUGGAGAAAGUGGUGGGAGAGCUUUCCCUUCUACCAUCUGUCAGACUGAGAGAACUGAGAGUGCUAGCACUGAAACUGAGUGCUAAUUGCUGCAUAUCCCAAGUAAUUUGUAUCAUGCCAUGCAACGCGGACUGGACAAACAGUAUCUUCUAGUAAAUGCCAACGUUAAACAAAGAGGAAAAAGCUUCUCUGUCCAUCCCUAUCACCCAAAUGUACAGCAUUACUCUCCUUGCAUUUGUGUAGCCACCAUUCAGUGGCAGGCAGAAACAAAUGAGAGUGCUCAGAAAAGGGAUGUGGCACAUGCACAUCCGGUCAUCCAUUCCUUCUGGUCUCAGCUAGCCAUGGUAAGGGGAGAACUGUUGUGGGUUGGUUUUUUUUCCCCAAACAUUUAUAAACUUCUAUGAAAAGAAAAUCAACAGUUUGAACAUUCAUGCAUGGGGGAGUCAACAUAAGGCAGGAGCAGAACGGUGGAUUUAUUUUCUUUAAGUACAGGUUUAUGCAAAAUGGGUAACAGCUGGGGAGA